UGAAGCUAUGAAACAAAACUAGCGAAAUAUAGCAGCUAUACAAGGAUACAAAUUGUGAACGACGAUGGGAAAUAUUUUUGCGGAACCAGUGAGAGGUGGCUCUGAAAGUGAUCACCAGAGGCCAGGUCAAACUGGAUUAGAAAGUUUGUACGAUCAGCUACAGUGUUCAAUCUGCUUUGAAGACUAUUCUACCGUUCCACCAAAUCCACCGAAAAUUCUUCACUGUGGACAUAGUUUUUGUGGCUCAUGUAUUGAUCGGUGUAAAACAUAUGACAGCAUCCAAUGCCCAACGUGUCGAGAAAAAACAAGUCAUGAACCAAGAAUGAAUUUGCCAGAUAACUACUUGGCCAAAGCCUUCCUCGAAUAUAAGGAUGAGAUGUCAAAAAUGAAUUACACAUCCAAUAGUUGUACUACAUGCUCGAAGAAACGUGGAGUCUCAAGAGACCAAGGCACCAUGACAAUGAGAAAGUCAGCUUCAGAGAACAAAUCUACUAUGACAUUACAAAAUUUUGUUUUAUUAUUUUUAGCCACUUUGUUUUUAAUUAUUGGUGUCUCAGUUUCCCUUAUUACCAUUGAAUCUUUAAUGAUGCAAUUAUCCAGUUAUAUUCGACAAAUCUCCACUUGGCUUUUUGACAUGCUCAUUUUCGGCCUUGUUUUGAUUCACCAGUUUGCAAUAUUCUUUGGAGGCUUACUUCGGGAUUUGUUCAUUUUGUUACAUUAUGUUUUAUUUUACAGUUACAUUUUGUUUGUUCGUUGUAUUUUUCUUAUCAAUUUUUUACAAUGUUUAGCUAGGUAUGUACAAAGCCAUACACAUAAUGCAUGAAGGCGAAGCCUGAUUACAACUGAUAUAGGAUGACAUUGUAACAUGAGCCAGGGUCAAUAAGAAACUUAAGAUUUCAUGAGAUGAGGAAUGAGAGUCCCUUAAUUAUGAAUAUAUAGAAUCCAAACAAACCAAGCGUGUCUCGCAAGUGCAUCGUUGGUUUUUGGUUUGAAUCUACUUAGUGCUUCAUAAUUUUCCCUCGGUCAUUUAAAACUAAAAUCCUGUGAAUUAAGGUCACAUAUGUUUAAAUUGUUUGCUACAAGUCUCCAUUCCAUUCAUCAGUCGAAUCUUAUGCAAAACAUUCACUUCAUCCACUGAUUAUGCAACUCCCAGAUCACCAUUGUUUUCUUGAAGUAUAUUGAAUUUGUUGGCGUCUUUGUUGGUUUACAAUAGAGGGCGCUGCUGUCUAAAGUUGGACAAAUUCAUGUUUUAGAAAUACAUGUACGUCUUAGUUGAAAUUGAUUUUUGUAAC